CCUUUUCUAUUUCGUCGCAGCUAAAUAAACAAGCCUAAACCCUAGCGCCUCCGCCCCUUCCGGCCCAAACGCGUUAGCCAUGGCGACAACAGACGUCGCCGCCCCUGCCACCGCCGCCGCCUCCGCGGUUUCCCUCGACGAGACCAAGGCAAAGAAUGUCCUCCGCCUGGUGGAGUUCUACUUCGGAGACAUCAACCUCCCCCGCGACCGUUACCUGCGGCACCACGUCCAGGAGAGUGAGGAUGGAUUGGUGAGCUUGGCUCUCAUCUGCUGCUUCAGCAAGAUGAGGUCGCACCUUGGCCUAGAUGCCACCGUGAUGGAGGACGGCGUGCCUGAGACGAUAGUGCUUGCGGUCGCCAAGGUGCUACGGUGUUCAGCGGCCCUCCGCGUCUCUGAGGAUGGGAAGAAAGUUGGGAGAGCUAACGAGCUGCUGUAGCCAGAUGAGAGCAAGUUGACUCUUUGGAUUGCACGUCUUGUAAUCACUUCGAGCGGAGUACUUGAAAUCACUUCUGUAGCGUGAGCUGGAUGCAAGUUUCGCCUCCUCUUCUUGUGUUUGAGCAAGAGACAAAGCCGAAUCAACAGUCCUAGGCUUAUGUAAACGUAUGCCUGACUGAAUUUUAUGUUUUAACCCUUUUACAAACUUGGUAACAAAUUCCUCAUAAUUUAUGUUAUAUACCAACACUUAAUGUGUAA